UUUGGAGUUGUGGUAGAAUGCACUAUUUCAUGUUUGACGAAACAAAGUUGGCAGGUGAUAUAGUUUUGAAGACAAAAAGAAACGAUCUAAAAAAAAAAGACCCAACCACUACACAUAACUAAUCUUGAAUUGAAACAACGCGAAUUUGCCCCUAGAUUUUCAUGUUUCUCUUUUUGACUUCACUUUCCCUAAUCCAUUAAUUAGCCCACCAUCACCCCUCACCCUCCCAACCCAUGAAUAUAAACUCUUUCCUAAGCCCUUCCUCAAAGCUAACUUCCUUUCUUCUAAGUUACAUUUCAUCACACCUUUUUUAGUCUCUUGCAAACUAAAUAAACUUUCUCUGUUGCAGGAGAGCAAAUCAAGACCAGUUGAUUUCUCAAGACUCUAUAGCAAGAAGAAGAAGGAAAAAUAGGAAAUGGAGAUUCAAGAGAAGCAUCAACAGGAGACAUGGUCGGAGACAGAAAGCAAUAGCAGCAGCAGAAGAUUUGGCUACAGCGGACCCAUGAGCGGUCCAUUAGUAACGAAUGCAAAAAAUAGCAGCAAGAAAAGCGCAAGAUUCAAAGAUGAGUACGUGGAAAUCACACUGGACGUCCGGGACGACUCCGUUUCAGUACAGAACAUAAGAGGGGGUGAUUCUGAAACAGCAUAUCUUGCUAGUCAACUAGAGAAGAAAAAGAAUCAUCCUUCGCUCGGAUCUCAGCUGUCGUUCCGACUAAGGCAAGUCUCCCAAGAACUGAAGAGAAUGACGUCUAAUAAUAAGUUCGACAGGGUUGACAGAACCAAGUCCGGAGCUGCUCGUGCUUUGAAAGGACUCAAGUUCAUGUCCAAAAAUGUCGGAACUGAAGGUUGGUCUGAAGUCGAAGCAAGGUUUGACAAGCUGUCUGUUGAUGGAGCCCUUCCUAAAACAAAGUUUGGCCAAUGCAUAGGGAUGAACGAAUCAAGCGAAUUUGCGAACGAACUGUUUGAUGCAUUGGCAAGGAGGAGAGGUAUAACAUCAGCUUCAAUAAGCAAAGCUCAAUUGCAUGAAUUCUGGGAACAAAUUACAGACCACAGUUUUGAUGCUAGGCUUCAGACCUUCUUUGACAUGGUGGACAAAAAUGCAGAUGGUAGAAUAACAGAAGAGGAAGUGAAAGAGAUUAUAGCUUUAAGUGCUUCUGCUAAUAAAUUAUCAAAGAUUCAAGAAAGGGCAGAGGAGUAUGCUGCUUUGAUUAUGGAAGAAUUAGAUCCAGACAAUCUUGGAUUUGUUGAGCUGUACAACUUAGAAAUGCUACUUCUCCAAGCUCCAAACCAGUCAACAAACCUAGCAACAGAUAGUCGAAUUUUAAGCCAAAUACUUAGCCAGAAGCUUGUGCCAACCAAGGAACAUAACCCAAUCAAGAGAUGGUACAAAAAGCUAGCUUACUUUGUUGAGGACAAUUGGAAGAGAAUUUGGGUGAUGGCGCUAUGGCUAGGAAUAUGUGCAGGCCUCUUUACCUGGAAGUUCAUUCAAUAUAAGCACCGAGCCGUUUUCGAUGUCAUGGGCUACUGUGUUACAACUGCUAAGGGUGCAGCUGAGACUACUAAGUUCAACAUGGCACUAAUUCUUUUGCCUGUGUGUAGAAAUACCAUUACUUGGCUUAGAAGCAAAACCAAGUUAGGGAUGGUUGUUCCUUUUGAUGAUAAUAUCAACUUCCAUAAGGUAAUUGCAUUUGGGAUAGCUAUUGGAGUUGGGUUGCAUGCUGGAGCACAUUUAACAUGCGACUUCCCUAGGCUACUGCAUGCCACCGAUGAAGAAUACGAGCCAAUGGAGCCGUUCUUUGGCGAGGAGCGACCGGAUAACUACUGGUGGUUCGUUAAAGGAACCGAGGGUUGGACCGGAGUGGUGAUGGUGGUGCUGAUGAUUAUAGCCUACAUAUUAGCCCAACCUUGGUUCCGCAGGAACAGGCUAAACCUCCCUAAAACCCUAAAGAAGCUCACCGGGUUCAACGCGUUUUGGUAUUCACAUCACUUAUUUGUUAUUGUCUAUGCCCUCUUUAUCGUCCAUGGCUACUAUCUUUACCUCUCCAAGGACUGGUACAAGAAAACAACAUGGAUGUAUCUUGCUGUUCCAAUGGGAUUAUAUGCCAUUGAACGACUGAUUCGUGCGUUUAGAUCAGGUUAUAAAUCAGUGAAAAUUUUGAAGGUGGCAGUCUACCCUGGAAAUGUACUGGCAUUGCACAUGUCAAAACCACAAGGAUUUAGGUACACUAGUGGCCAAUAUAUAUUCGUGAACUGUUCAGCUGUUUCCCCAUUUCAAUGGCAUCCAUUCUCGAUUACUUCUGCUCCUGGAGAUGAUUAUUUGAGCAUCCACAUUCGGACAUUAGGUGAUUGGACAUCACAGCUCAAAUCUGUUUUCUCUAAGGUGUGUCAGCCUGCAUCGAGCAAUCAAAGUGGUCUUUUAAGAGCGGAUGUAGAAAAGAGCGGAAACAAACCAAGGUUGCCAAAGCUCUUAAUCGACGGCCCUUAUGGCGCACCAGCACAGGACUACAAGAAAUAUGAUGUUCUCCUCCUGGUCGGACUUGGAAUCGGUGCCACCCCUCUAAUCAGCAUAGUUAAGGAUGUGCUUAACAACAUUAAGCAGCAGAAAGAGAAAGAAGAAGGGAUAGUAGAGAAUGGCAUUAAUAAGGGUAGCAAGAGGAAGCCCUUUGCCACCAGACGAGCUUAUUUUUACUGGGUGACUCGGGAGCAGGGCUCAUUUGAGUGGUUCAAAGGUGUGAUGAACGAAGUGGCUGAAUAUGAUCAGGACAAAGUCAUCGAGCUUCAUAAUUACUGCACGAGUGUUUAUGAAGAAGGAGACGCUCGAUCGGCUUUGAUCACCAUGCUUCAAUCCAUUCAGCAUGCCAAAAAUGGGGUUGACAUAGUCUCUGAAACGCGUGUUAGGACCCAUUUUGCUAGACCUAAUUGGCGUAAAGUUUUCAAGCAUGUAGCCAUUAACUACCCUGAUCAAAGGGUUGGUGUGUUUUAUUGUGGGGCUCCUGGAUUGACCGGAGAAUUGAGAAGACUAGCUCAAGACUUUUCCCGGAAAACUUCUACCAAGUUUGAUUUUCAUAAAGAGAAUUUCUGAUUUUCCUCUUGUUAAAAAUUAUACUCCAGAAUUUUGUUUGUUUUGUUUUCAUUGAAAAAACAUGUAACAUAGUUCGUGCUGGUAGUUUCUUAAAAUCAUGUUUGGGUUAUCACUAGUGAGAUUAGUAAUUUUCUUUCUUCUUCCUAGUUUUUUUUUUUUUUAAUUUUUAAUUUUUUUUUUUGGUGCAACGGACAGUGUAAACAAUAAUAAAAAGAAAGGAAGCAUCAAUCUUGUUUAUAGUAUAAUAAGAAUAAUUAUUUUGAUA